AUGGAGGUAUGUUCAUAUAAUUAUUAACUUUUAGCUCUUCAAACUUUAUUAUUUAGAAUGUAUUUUAGUUAAUAUUUGCUAAAAUAAACUUCUAAAUUCCAGGUUCCUCACGGUUACGCUACACAGAAUCGUCUGGAGACAUCUUAUCGUCAAGUGCAAGAAGCUGAAAAUUUAAAAGCGAUGCGAAUAAACCAGUUGUGCACAGAUUUGGUUGCUAUCAAGGAAAAGACGUUGGACCCGGUUACAUAUGUUCGAUAUGUGGUGUCUUCUUUAUUUGAUAACUUGGACGUGGAUUUGUGCCAAUUGUAUUACCGAAAUGAUCGUUGUCAUGAGGAUUUAACUCAAAGGAUAGGGUGUUUGAUUGGUUUUGAUUCUAACAACUUUAAGGUAAGUGGCUUACUUUUGUUUUUCGAUUUUAGGUAUGAAAAUAUGCUGUGUUUUUGUUGCAAUUGGAAUUUUUUUGAAAGAGAAAUGUCUUGGGAAUUUUUUUAAGUACACUAAUAAAGGGGUUGACGUUUGUUAAAAUAUUAAAUUAUGAAUUUUAGACAAUGUUAUCAUCAGAUGAGCUUGUUGAAGAGUUUGUGGACAAGUUCAGCCGUCAUGCCGAGAACAGUUUAGCCGAUAGUCACCAAGCACAAGCUUCACUAUAUAUAUGGCUAUUAAAAGCAUACCUAUACCACCUACUACCAGUGACACAAGACGCUAUAUCUUAUGUUAAGUCCUUGAACUGGUACAGGAAAAACUUUUUGGCCCAGAAGAAGCAAAAGUUCACAACUCCGUUCCGGCUUCUGAAGGAUGAGGUUUACAGUGAAUUAGCUCGCUCAUAUCAUGAGUCAGACCUUGAUGAUGGCAACAUCUACGUCAGACUGUUUCAUUUUGUGGAGUUGUUAUUGGUUAACUUGACUUCGUUAUCUAUAACACCUUCCGCUUCACAACUAGUGGCUGUGUCGGUGCUGAUUGACUACUACAUGCAAUUUGUGUUGUCAGAUGGGCAAGAUAAAGAGGUUCAAAGUCUGAAGAAGAAGCUAAAAUAUAAUCAUCAGUUCGCCCAGGUUUUGGUACCGUUUUUGAAGCGGAAUCUGGUGCAAAGCUCCAUUGAUUCGACGUUUUUGUUGUGUUUUGGUAAGGGUUUGUAUUUUUUCUUUGAUUUUUAGGUAAUGAAAGGCUAGCUUUAACUAUAUUACAUCAGUUUAGAUGGCUUAAUGGAGUAUUUUAUAAUUUCUGCUCUCAAACCUUUAUUUUUUACCUAAAACAAUAUCCUUUUUCAGAAAUAUUAUCAAACCUGCUCUCACCAAUGCCCGAGAUAUAUCAAGAUGAGGAAAAACUGAAGAUUUUCAUAGAAAUGAGCUCGUUUUACUUUGUCGAUCUGCUAUAUAUUGUUGUAGACAAGAUGAAGAACGCCAAUUUGGAGGUGUUGUUGAACAUGAAUGUGCUACAAAUCUUUACCGAGCUGUUUAACAACGAUUUUAUACGUGUUUUAUGUGCUCUACGAGUGAAUGCGACCGAUUUCAUGGAGCCAAUUGAGGAGAAAUUGAAGAGUUUUGUCUCAAUGACGUCUGUUGUGGUGAGUAAUAUGUUGUAUUAGUAUAUUCUUAUAAAUUUAGGACCUAGAUGAGUCGUUUUCGAAUCGAAUUCACUCCAUCGUACAUAACUGGAUGCCAACAGAAGACGAGAGUUCGAAGUCUAGAGCUAGGUUAUUCUUAAAGACCAUAUCAGAUCAACUUGCCAAUCCUUAUUGUGUAUACCCACCAAAUAAGGAUAGAGAACAGCGAAAAACACAGGAUACUACACUGAACACAACACCAGCCAUGAAUCAGGCCCACAAUAAAACGUUGGAACGGUCGAUUUUUUACAAAAGCACGGUACCAGAUUAUGUGGCGGAUCCAUGGACUCAAAUGUACCAUUUGACACCAAAGGGCAUUGAUCAGGUUGGUUUUUGUGAAAUAAGUUUGAGUUACAGGGCAGAAUUUUAUAGUACGCUCGUUUGGACGGCAAGAAAAUUUAAUUUUGUUACCUAAAAUUGCUUUAAAAUGCCAUUUUAUCACCUAAAAUUUUGAAAAAAUGACUUUUUGUUACCUAAAAUACUAAAAAAGGCUUCUUUGUUACCUAAAAUUUCAAGAAAAUGACUUUUUGUUACCUAAAUUUUUAAAAACUUUUUGAUUUUUGGCCCUAAUAAGCAGUUAUUUUCAUUUAAUUUUGUUACCCAAAACCUUUUCAGGUCCUCCGACGAGAAGCCCAAUUCGACUAUACCAAGUACCGUUAUCAGCUAGCCGCCCACAGCCCCAGUAAAUGGCAAUUCCGACCCCUAUACGAGUACUUAAGCCAUGUCUCAGUGAAAUGGUCCCGCCAUCCCAUAGUCGUCUACCUAAAGCGAUUAUCCAAAAACGAAGUCCUAGGCCCAGUAGCAUCACUAGCCCUACAACCAUCCUCCCCAAUCAAAGGUGUACCAGUAUAUGGCAAAAAUUUACCACGCCAGCCGGAGACCAUAAACCUGAGGUUCUUGUCAUACUAUCCAGUAAUGCUCAUCGUUCUAGUGAUAUUAUGGAAAUUGUUCAGCGCCUUUUUACAUGUUAUUUAUGUUUUAUAA